AUGGGUGUGCUUUGGACCGAUGACGAGGGCCAGAUUACAAUGGGUGGGGCCAUGUUGGCGCUCCUUUGUGUUUAUCUACUCGGCAUGCGUAUUGUACGGAUGGUGGUCUUUGAAUCGGCGGGCCCUACAGUAAUGCGUCCUCGAACGAUCGUUCAAGUGGUGGUGCUAGGUGAUAUUGGAAGGUCGCCACGGAUACGUUCCCAUGCUGUCUCCUUGGCUGAAGCUGGUUGCCAAGUGGAUCUUAUUGGCUAUGCUGAGACAUCACCUGGUACUCGAGUCAAUGCCAAUCGUCAUAUCACUGUUCGCAAGAUCACUCCCGCUUGGUCUGUUCCUGAAGGAUUACCACGUUUCGUUUAUAUUGCAUGGGCACCUUUCAAGGCUAUUUUUAUGGCAUUUCAACUUGCAUGGAUCAUGGGUUGUAUCACCCAACGACCAAACUAUAUUCUUAUCCAGAAUCCACCCGCCAUCCCUACACUUGCAAUAGCAAAGGCCGUUUCAAAGUUACGAGAUGCUAAGCUGGUGAUUGAUUGGCAUAAUUUCGGAUUUUCCAUCUUGGGCAUCAAGCUUGGCAUGAAUCAUCCCGUGGUGCAAGUCGCGAAACGAUACGAGCAAUACUUUGGUCGCCAUGCCUACGCUCAUCUCACAGUGACCGAUAGAAUGAAUCGUGAAUUGAAACAAUGGGGUAUGCGUGGCAACAUGGUGACUUUUCACGAUCGACCACCGUAUCACUUUGAGAGACUUUCCCUUGAAAAGAUGCAUGAUUUUCUAAGCAGAGUACAACUUGAGAACAUUGUGAAACAACAGACACUAGCCACCGAUAAGUUUUUGGAUAUGGACAUGGAUCGAGAUACCACAUUAUUGACCACCAAAUCAAACGAUGGCUCCGUUGCUAUGCGUGACGACAAUGAACGUGUACGUUUGAUUGUAUCUUCAACAUCAUGGACCGAGGAUGAGGAUUUUUCAAUUCUUCUCAAGGCUGUGGAAUUAUACGAAUCGGCAUCUCGUCAAGCCGACAAGCCGUAUCCACGUUUGUUAUUCGUGAUUACUGGAAAGGGACCUCUCAAGAGCAUGUACGAGCAAAAGAUAUCAGCCAUGCAACUCGAACGUACACGCAUUAUCACCGCAUGGUUGGAAGUGAGCGAUUACCCAUUACUCCUUGGCAGUGCUGAUCUCGGCAUUUCACUACACACAAGCACCAGUGGCAUGGAUUUACCGAUGAAGGUGGUGGACAUGUUUGGAUGUGGACUUCCUGUAUGCGCUCUUUCAUUUGAAUGUUUGGAUGAAUUGGUUCACGAUGACAAGAAUGGUUUAAUAUUUUCAUCGAGUACACAACUUGCGGAGCAAUGGAUGGAUCUCUUUGUUCGAACACCAGGCAAAUUGCAUCAGCUCCGAAACAAUGUCGUGGCCGAAUACAAGCAAGCCAAAUGGGAGAAGCAGUGGAAUGAAAGGAUAGCUUCAUUGUUUGGUAUAGUGAAUCCUACCACCGUGCAUAGUAGAAUGAGGGCAGAGUGA